UGCUCGACAACAUUUAAAUAACUUACCUAGGCUAACUUUACAAAGCAUAAUAAACAAUCGCACCUGAAGUCGAGUCUGCGACCAACCUUCGCUUCUAGUCGGGUUUCUCUUUCUACUCAAGAGCAAAACCCGAAUAAACUUUGUCUUCUACUUAACAGACAUAUACAUAUAUAUAUGUGUGUGUGCGUGUGUGUGUGUGCCCAGAGUGAUGUCACAAAGCAACGUCAAAUGAAAGCAGCUCAGAUAAGCGUGCAAGUGUGUGUGUGUGUGUGUGUGUGUGUAUUUCAUGUAUUUGUUGCUUACUUUACUUUAUUUGCAUGGUUCACUUGAACCGUUAAUCAUUUUAUUGCGAAUCUCACUUAUACAAUUAAAAAUUGGCACAUGCAUAUAUAGAGCGAGACUACCCCGUGAAAAGAGGUAAGGGGGAUAUAUUUUAGCUAGAGAUAAGAUAAACAAAAAUUCGAAAUUUCGCGCAGUCGAAUUUUAAAACGAAAAAAUAGUUAGCAAAUGUGUAUGUGGCAUUUCACGCCAAAACAGGGUAUCUGGCAGUCGUGCAGCUCAGCACAAUUGGCGCUCAGAGUAUUUGCCGCUCUGCGGGCAUAUUUGUAAAAGACUCAGAAUUUUUCGUUUAGUCUGGGCGCAUUGACUCACCAAGAACAUUGUGUCUUCUUCUUCGAAAGGAGCUUAGCAUGAAGUCGGGACUUGUGCUAACACUGCUAUUUCUAGAGAUUGUAGCUGCCCAAAUACCGGGAUGCGAUUACUUCGACACGGUGGACCUCUCGCAUAGCUCCAAGCUGCCCAACGGCUCGUAUCAGUACGAAGGGCUGGUCAUACCGCCAGAGCAGACUGGGGAAUAUGACUUUGAGAUAUUGGCGGACGGAGAGAAGGAGUCGGUGCCCAGGCACCUGCGAGGCUGUGCCUGUCGACUGGGCAGCUGUAUUCGAUUCUGUUGCCAUAGGAAUCUCUUCCUCGACAGCAAUGAACGCACGUGCAGCGGAGAUAUUGCCCAGGCAGUUGACUAUGAUCCCUAUGUAAACAUAAGCCUGGCCAAUGGCACUCAGGUGAGGAGGCACGUGCUGAAGGACUUUAUCGUACAGCAAGAUCUGCCUGUACCCUGUUCGGAACAUUUCCAUCUGGAUGCGUUAAACGAUGAAUCUCAUGGAUGGACACUGAUGGAGGAUGGCAGACUACUACGUCAUUUCGAUCAAAAGUCCUUGUCGAAGCAGGAGUACUGCCUCCAACCGCAUCCAAUCAGUGCUGGCGACAACAAAACGGUCAUCACGCUCGUGCCCCACAACUGCAAUGACCCGCCGGAGAGUCAAUUGCUGUACAAUAUACUGCGGCUGCUCUCGAUCAUUUGUUUAUUGUUAACGAUCUUCGUCUACCUGUUCAUACCGAAGCUACGGAAUCUACACGGCUAUUGCUUCACAUGCUACAUGGCCAGCCUGCUUAUAGCAUAUGCAUUACUCCUAGUCGAUUCCUGGAAGGAGGACUGGUCGAAGUCAAUGUGUCAGUUGAAUGGUUAUGUGGGCUACUUUGCUGUCAUGGCUAGCUUCCUUUGGCUGACCGUCAUCAGUUUUGAUCUGUGGAGCAGUUUCCGCAGCAACAACUACAAUGUGCAACGAUAUACGCCCAAGUACCGAUUCCUGAUCUACAGCCUAUAUGCUUGGGGUGUUGCUGCUCUACUUACCCUAAUUGUGGUUAUCGUCGAUUAUAAACUGGAUGGCAACGACGAUGACGAACUUUUCUGGAUGCCAGGAGUUGGGCUCUACAAUUGUUGGGUUAAGACUCACGAUUGGUCUGCGCUGCUCUAUUUCCAUGGUCCGAUGGCUCUGCAAAUCCUUUUCAACAUCAUUAUGUUUAUACUGACUGCCAUUCGCAUUCUGGAGGUGAAGAGGGACUUGCAGAACGUUGCGGCACACGGGGAGCGUGAACAGCGACUCAAUUCGGAGAGACAAACAUACACGCUGUUUAUGCGCCUGUUUGUCAUCAUGGGCGUGACCUGGACCUUUGAAAUAUUUGCAUACUUCGCGCAAAAUCAGAAGAUACUCGAGCAAAUCUUUUCAUUGUUCGAUUACAUCAAUUGUGCCCAGGGCGUCAUCAUAUUCAUCAUGUUCGUGCUGAAGAGCAGCGUCUUGAGACUCAUCUCGAAUCGUAUUCGGGGCAUAGAAUCAGCCGAAGAUGGCAGCGACUCCGAAGAAGAAAUCGCACUCCAAGACAGGAAUGGAGCUGCCAAUAAGAUCGGUCCGAAUAUCCUGAAUUAGGUAAAAGCAAUUGGUUAUUCAAUGUUGUUCUUGGUGCACGCUGUUCCCCUUGUGUUUUUGUUUUCCUUUAAAUUUGUGUUACUAACCAAUUUGCCUGCUUUUCUUGCUUCUGUGUUGUCUUUGUGUCUUUUUG